AUGCCCCGCCCUACGAACCGCGACGAAGUCCUCGCUCGACUUCGCCAGACGGUCGCAGAUGGCUCGAUUAUCGUCGGCGCCGGUGCUGGCAUCGGACUUUCCGCCAAAGCCGUCGAACAGGGUGGCUGUGAUCUGAUCUUGGUCUACAAUUCAGGGCGAUUCCGAAUGGCCGGCCGCGGGUCGUUGGCCGGGUUGAUGCCCUACUCGGACGCAAACGCGGUCGUCGUCGAGAUGGCCAACGAAGUCCUCCCCAUCGUACAAAACACCCCCGUCCUCGCCGGCGUCUGCGGCACCGACCCCUUCCGCUCCAUGCCCACCUUCCUAACUGAACUCCAGCGCCUGGGAUUCGUAGGCGUGCAAAAUUUCCCAACAGUCGGGCUAAUCGACGGGCAAUUCCGGGCAAACCUCGAAGAAACGGGGAUGGGCUACGACCGCGAAGUCGAGAUGAUCGCCACAGCCCACAAGCAAGGACUCGUGACAACGCCGUACGUCUUCAGCGCCGAAGACGCGGAGAAGAUGGCGCGGGCAGGCGCAGACGUCGUUGUUGCACAUGCGGGACUCACGACGUCCGGUUCGAUCGGGGCCUUGAGCGGGCGCUCGCUGGAGGACUGUGUCGGGUUUGUGCAGGGAAUUCGCGAUGCGGCGGUGGGUGUCAAUCCAGAGAUUCUGGUGCUGUGUCAUGGGGGGCCGAUUGCGCGCCCGGUGGAUGCGGAGUUUGUGCUCUCGAGGACGAUGGGGGUGCAUGGGUUCUUUGGGGCGAGCAGUAUGGAGCGGUUGCCGGUGGAGGUUGCGAUUCAGCAGAACGCGGAGGAAUUUAAGCGGUUGCGGGUACGGGCGGGAAAUUAG